GUAAGUUGUUGGAUGCAGACUGCGUCCACUCAACGCAUCAACAGAUUCGAAACGUCCAUGACCGGAUCCUUUCCUCUCCGAGUCCACCCCGUGCCUUUACGAUUGUUGGAUUGAUUCACUCAACGCUCUCUGCCUCCUUUCAUCUUUGGAUCAUUUGGGACAGAAAGACAAACAUCUUCCAUGGGCAUGAUGGACCACUGAUUAUAUCUCAUCUCAUCGCAUCGCACACAAACUAUUCCAUUUUUGGGCUUCCCGCGAUAUUCACUUAACGCCCUGAAGCGGUGCACGACGCCCUUCAUCAUGCACUUCACGUUCUUCGCGUUCAUACUGGCUGUCCUCGGUAUCGCUGUAAACGCACAGCAUACGACCUCGACCGUCUCAGCGACAAAGACUGCUUCUUCCUCGUCUGCGUCAACUCGCGAUCAAAUUGUGACGACCACAAUCACCUCGGUGACCCCCUCCGCAUCAGCACGUAAUGCCAGUACGAACGUUUUCACUUUGACUCUGACUAUUCCUAUGCCUGAGACGAAUCACACACUUCUGAAUGGUACCAUGGCAAACGGAACAACCUCCGGCAAUAGCACAGUUUGGCACGAGGGCGACGAUUGGAUCCCCUUCCAUAUAGUCAUCGAUCCCGCCUACGGUAUUCUUGGGGCUCUACUGAUCAUCAGCGGAGUUCCAGUUGCCAUCUUGGGUGGGAAGAACAGAUGGUCUUCUCUGGCCAUCUGCUCGGGGUAUGCGCUCAUGCUUUUCACACUCGUGAUGAUCUUGCGGUUCGGCGUUCAACCCGAUCUGCAACCUCCUUCUCCUUCACCACCUACGACGACCAUGCGAGGUCUCUUCCUUCUCGCUGGUGUCAUUGCUUCGUGCAUCGGUGCAGGUCUCGGCGUUUUCCUCUACAAAUUCGCAAGAUACGGGAUCUCAGCCGCUGGAGGGUUUACGUUCGCCUGGUAUCUUCUCGCGACGAAGUCCGGAGGACUCGUUCACGGAGUUCUCGAUCGAUGGUGUCUUCUCGGCGGCAUCACCGUAGCGUGCUUCAUCGCUAGUCUGCCGUCCAAGCUCACCGAUAUUAUGAUGCUUGUCAGCACCGCUUGGAUAGGAGCUACCACUGUUACUCUUGGGAUCGACUGUUACAGUCGAGCCGGUUUGAAAGAGUUCUACAUAUACAACCUCGGCUUCGGGAGCUUGUUCCCUAAACUGGGCGGGGCCAAAUACCCCCUGACCCAGACGAUGCAGAUUGAACUGGGCAUCCUUGCCGCUAUCGUCCUCGUUGGCGCCGCCAUCCAGACCCGCGUUUUGAACAUCCUUCAAAAGCGGAUGCGCAAGAUCAAGGAGGAGGAAGAAGCCCAGAUCGAGGCUGAAGAGAUCUCCAGAGCCGCAGAGAGGUUCAAGAACGUCGAUGCGGAGCUCGAAGAAUGGGAGGAGAAGCACGGGAAGAACAGUAGCAAGUCAACUGGGGAGAGCACGAUUGCAUUGCCGGAACUCGAGAAAGGUGACCUUGAUGACACUCCACUUGGGCUCUUACCAGCCUCGCAUCACAACAGUGGACCGAGCACCGCUUGGAAUUCGGUCGAAGAGUUUGUUUCUGCACCGGAGGAGGAUCUGCAAAACAAGUUGAAGCUCCUGGAAGACGUGAAAAAAGCAAGAGAAAGCAUUCGGGGUUCUCUCGACAAUCUAAAUCGAGCAUCCAGUCGAAUUUCCAUGGACGCCACGCGGUCAAGGCGGGUCUCUACAGCUUCUACUCAGGUUCUGGGUGAGCCUUCGAUGCCUGGUAUGACGCGGCAUGGAUCUAGUGCAUCGCUUCUCGACAGGCCCAGACCUGGCUCACAAUGUGCCGAAGAUGAAGUUGCAACCUCUCACCUGAUGGCUCGUAACAGGUCCAGCGGAUCCGUGCUCGACCGUCCGCGACCCGGUUCACAGAUGACGAUGGAUUUCGACCCCUCAAGCAUUCCUCGCAUUCAAUCCAGCUCGUCGCUUCUGGAGAGAUCCGCUUGUCCUAAGACUUUAGCCAUUGCUGAAAAGCCGAUCCAACCGCGAACCACGGCUUCUCAGCCCAGUCGACCUGUAUCCGUUGCGCAGAGCAUUCCAAUGACAUCACCAUCAGCCUCGAGCACAUCGCACCAGACUGAUUGGGAACGGUACAAAUCGACUCGUUCCAUACAGACGGUUGGAGACCAUCGUACUUCCAUAUCCGCAGACUAUGGCAAGCUGUCUCGUCCGCCGUCAAACAUUGCGGCGUCCAAAGCCGAGUUCGACCGGAUGGCAAUGCCACCUCCAUCAGCGCCUCUCCGCCGAUCCGCCAGCGCACAGCCUCAAGGCGACCGAGAGAUGCUCAAUACUGAUUGGGCCCCCGGUCAGAUCACUGGUUCGGCAACUCUCCCAUCAAGGCCCUCAGCGAUGACGAUGCCUCGAACAAUGACUUAUGAGCAGCUUAGCGAGCGACACCGCAAACGGAUCUCCGAGCUGCAAAAUCCCGUCACUUCGGCCAUGACUCAAGAGGUCCAAGCUGCUGAGGCGAGGUCUCGAUGGGAGAAACAUCAAAAGGCUGAGAGGGAGGAGAUGAAGAGGCGGGAGGCGGAGAAGCGUGAAAGUCUCCGCGAUCCUCGACGAGAGUCCCGGGAAGCCCUGAAAAACACUGCUCAAUGGCGAGACAGCGUACAGUCUGGUCUUGACCAACGAGGGCUGCCGGUUCAGCAGCAGCGACCAGAUCGCAAGCGGACCAACUCAUCGUACAGCAUUGUGAAUUGAUGGGAUUGAGGCGGCAUACAUACCACUAUAAUAGACUCACGACGAUUAUGAUUGCAUGCAGCAUGUCCGUAUGACAGAUGAACAGA